AUGGCAGACCGCGCGAAUAUAAAUCAAAUAAUUCCAGCAUUGCCUGAAGAAAAACAUGCAGCUACCAGUGUCCUCCAGCAGCAGGUUGCUGACAUUAGGAGCCAGAAAAUCAAUUGGCAGUCUUACAACCAGUCCCAGAUGAUUUCUCAAGAGGACUAUGACUUCAUAGUGGGCUUUGACAUUAGCGAUCCAGCAGUCAAGGAUGCUAAGCUCAAGCAAAACCCUGGCCAGGCUGCCAAAACUUUUCUCAAUUUACUGAGCCACAUUUCUAAGGACCAAACCAUUCAAUAUAUUCUUGUUAUGAUUGACGAUAUGCUUCAACAUGCCAGCCGUAAACGUGAAUCAGUCUGGUCUCCAUUUUUGAACCUGCUGAACCGCCAAGAUGGAUUUAUCAUGAACAUGACGUCUCGCAUAAUCGCGAAACUCGCCUGCUGGAGCCACGCUCAGAUGGAGGAAGCCGAUCUUAACUUUUAUUUAACCUGGCUUAAAGAUCAGUUGAAAUUGAGCUUCGAAGCCGUGCAGGAGUCUCAAAUGCAUGCUGAGGUGCUGCAAGACGUCGUACCUACUGAGCCUGCAGAGGCUGGAGAUCUCCACGAAAUGCCCAGCCCGAACAACGAAUACAUUCAAUCAGUGGCGAGAUGUCUCCAAAUGAUGCUACGUGUUGAUGUCUAUCGCUUUGCUUUCAUCUCGGUUGAUGGAAUUUCAACACUUUUGAGUGUCUUGUUCAAUGUUAUCCCGAUAUUAGCAGACAUCCUCAGCGACUCAGUAAAAGAAAAAGUAACGCGUAUAAUUCUCGCUGUAUUUAGAAAUUUAAUCGAGAAAGUAGGUGACAGACAAGUAGCCAAGGAGCACUGCAUUGCAAUGGUACAAUGCAAGGUCUUAAAACAACUGUCAAUCCUGAGCCAGCGUAAAUUCGACGACGAAGAUAUCACAGAAGACAUCGAGUUCUUGAACGACAAGCUCCAGGCUUCGGUUCAAGACUUGAGUUCAUUCGACGAGUACUCAACUCAAGUAAAGUCCGGACGAUUGGAGUGGUCACCGGUGCACAAAUCGUCCAAGUUCUGGCGUGAGAAUGCCAGCAGAUUGAACGAGAAGAACUACGAGCUGCUUCGCAUUCUCGUUCACUUGCUGGAGACCAGCAAAGACCCAUUGGUUCUCAGUGUCGCUUCUUUUGACAUCGGGGAGUACGUUAGACACUAUCCUCGUGGAAAGCAUGUACUUGAGCAAUUGGGAGGUAAACAACGGGUGAUGCAACUUUUGAGUCAUGAAGAUCCAAAUGUAAGAUACGAAGCUUUGAUUGCUGUUCAAAAGCUUAUGGUUCAUAACUGGGAAUACCUGGGUAAACAGUUGGAAAAAGAACAAACCGGCACGGGUGGAACUUCCGGCCCAAAACCUGGUGCUCAAGUACCCGCUAAAGCGUAG